GACUCUCUGAAGCACCCUACAGUGAGGGACUUCUUGAACAGCCAGAUGGGUGCUGAAGGCUUAACUGCUGAACACAUAAUCAACUUUCUCCACAAUGGGUCUCCAGGGAGCCGGGAGAAGGGAAUGGCAGACUUUGACUGGCGGAACAUCUUCAGUGCUGCAGACCAAGCUCUGCGUUUGUUCAGUCAGUAUCUGGAGUGCUUGACCUUGGAUAAAUUUGAAGGUUAUCUUGACGAAACUCAACUGACUCAUCAAGCCCUUCAUCUGCUGGAGGAAAACAAAUUCUGGGCUGGUGUGGUUUUUCCAGACAUAGAGCCUACAAGCAGCAGUCUUCCACCACUGGUGAAAUACAAGAUCCGGAUGGAUAUAGAUGCAGUGGAGAAAACAAACAAAAUCAAAGACAGGUACUGGGAUCCUGGUCCAAGAGCUGAUCCUGUGGAUGAUUUACGUUAUAUCUGGGGAGGCUUUGCAUAUCUCCAAGACAUGAUUGAGCAUGGGAUUAUAAAGACCCAGACCAAUGUUGAAGUGCCAUUAGGAAUUUAUCUGCAGCAAAUGCCAUAUCCAUGUUUUGUGGAUGAUGUCUUCAUGAUCACCUUAAACCGUGCCUUUCCCAUCUUCAUGGUAUUGGCUUGGAUAUAUUCAGUUUCCAUGACUGUGAAGAGUAUAGUGCUGGAGAAGGAAAUGCAUCUGAAAGAGGCUAUGAAGAACAGGGGUGUAACUAAUGGGGUGAUCUGGUGCGCUUGGUUCCUAGACAGCUUCGUCAUGAUGGCUGUGAGCACGUUCCUCCUCACAGCACUGAUUAUGCAUGUAGCAGUACUACAUUACAGCAGUCCACUUCUCUUCUUUCUAUUCCUACUGACAUUCACCACAGCCACUAUAAUGCAGUGUUUCUUGUUCAGCACCUUCUUCUCCAAAGCAAAUCUGGCAGCUGCCUGCAGUGGAGUCAUCUACUUCACCUUGUACCUGCCUCACAUUGUCUGCUUUGUCUGGCAAGACCGCAUGACUGUUAAUCUGAAGAUCCUAGCAAGUUUGCUUUCUCAAGUAGCUUUUGGCUUCGGUACAGAAUACUUGUCACGCUAUGAAGAGCAAGGUCUUGGCCUACAGUGGGGUAACAUCAGAACUAGUCCCUUGGAAGGAGAUGAAUACAGUUUUAUUUUUUCCAUUAAAAUGAUGCUUUUUGAUGCUUUUCUCUAUGGAAUACUUUCUUGGUAUCUUGAUAAUGUUUUUCCAGGGGACUAUGGGCUACCACAGCCUUGGUAUUUCCCUGUGCAGGAAUCUUAUUGGCUUGGCUCUAGAAACCUAAAAGCUGAGAAAACACCAACUGCUGAUGUAAAUACCUUCUUUGAGCCUGAGCCAACAGGAUUGAUUCCAGGAGUAUGCAUUCAGAACCUGGUGAAGAUUUUUGCAAACAGGCCCAAGCCAGCAAUAGAUGGGAUGAAUAUUACUUUUUAUGAGGGCCAGAUCACAGCCUUCCUUGGUCACAAUGGAGCAGGAAAGACAACCACCAUGUCGAUACUAACAGGCCUCUUCCCACCCACCUCUGGAACUGUUCUGAUUGGCGGCCUGGAUAUUCAGACUCACAUGGACUGCGUUCGGCACAGAUUAGGCAUGUGCCCUCAGUAUAACAUCUUAUUCAAUCACCUUACUGUAGCAGAACACAUCUUGUUUUAUUCCCAACUGAAAGGGAGAUCCAGGGAUGAAGCUGAGCAAGAGUUGGAAACAAUGCUAGAAGACAUGGGCCUCACCCACAAAAGGAAUGAAGAAGCUCAGAAUUUGUCAGGUGGAAUGCAAAGGAAACUGUCUGUUGCCAUUGCUUUUGUGGGUGAAGCGAAAGUGGUGGUCUUGGAUGAGCCCACUUCUGGAGUUGAUCCAUAUUCCAGGCGAUCUAUCUGGGAUCUUUUGCUGAAGUAUCGCUCAGGCAGAACCAUCAUCCUCUCAACCCAUCACAUGGAUGAGGCAGACAUCCUUGGAGACAGAGUAGCCAUCAUAUCCCAAGGGAAACUCUUCUGCUCGGGCUCUCCUGUAUUCCUAAAGAACUGCUUUGGGUCUGGCUUCUAUCUCACUCUUGUUCGCAAGAUGAAAAACACCAGAAUGGGAAGGGCUACAUCGCUUUGUAGCUGUGGAUCUCAGUGCUCCUGCUCCUGCUCCAGCUGUGCACGGAGGGACAGAGAAGAAGUUCCAGAGCAGGAACUGGAUGGAGAUCUAAAUGAGCUAGAAGAAAUAAUUCAUCAUCAUAUCCCAGAAGCAAAAUUAAUUGAAAGCAUUGGUCAGGAACUCAUUUACCUUUUGCCCAAUAAACACUUCAAACAGCGAUCUUAUGCCAGUCUCUUCAGAGAACUGGAGGAAACAUUGGAUGACCUGGGACUCAGCAGUUUUGGAGUUUCAGACACACCACUUGAAGAGGUUUUCCUAAAGGUCACAGCAGAAGCUGACCCUGGAAUGCAAAAAGCAGGAGACACUCAAGAAAAUGGUUCUACUCUUGACAAAACUUCUACUGAGAACAAACCAGCUGAAAAAACCCCACUGAAAACUAAUGACAUUUCUCAAAUGCCAGUAGGCAUAGCAGGAGAUCAAAAUGAAGGCAAAGGGUCCCGACAGUAUAAAGGUUUUCAGCUUGUACAUCAGCAGAUCAAAGCACUGCUCAUCAAACGGUUCCACCAUGCCUCCCGCAGCCACAAGGACUUCCUAGCACAGAUUGUUCUCCCUGCUAGUUUUGUGUUGCUGUCUUUAAUACUUACAGUCAUUAUUCCUCCAUUUGGAGAAUAUCCCGCUUUAACCUUACACCCUUGGAUCUAUGGACAACAGUUUACUUUCUUCAGCAAUGAGCGUCCUGGCAGUGAGCAGAUGGUCUCCCUCACUGAUGCUUUCUUGAAUAAACCAGGAUUUGGAAAUCGCUGCAUGAAGAAUCAGCCUCUUCCGGACUACCCAUGCAAUAAUAUGCCAACUGCCUGGAACACACCUGCUGUUCAUCCUAACCUGAGCAGCCUCCUGCUGAGCCAGAAGUGGAGCCCUGAGAAUCCUUCACCUUCCUGCAAGUGCAGCACUCACAAGAAACUUACUAUGCUGCCAGAAUGCCCUGCAGGCGCAGGAGGUCUCCCGCCACCACAGAGAGUGCAGCAUAGCACAGAAAUUCUUCAAGAUCUGACCCACAGAAAUAUUUCAGAUUUUCUGGUGAAAACAUAUCCCACUUUGAUAAAAGGGAG